CAUUUUUUUUCUCAGGCCACCGUCUCCGUCGCCGCCGUCCUCUGUCUUCCUCCAUAACUUCUUCUCACCGUCCAGUUUGCUGUGACAAAUUUUCGUACGCAAGAAGAACCCAUUUUUACAGUGAUGAAGAACUUGGGUUGGUGAUGUUGUUUCCGCAUCCGGUGGCGUCGGCUGUCCGAAACAGCAGAAGUGACUAGCAGCUCUCAGAACUUGGUGAAACCGAGGUAACGUGAAGCGAUGUCUGCUCGCCCUUGGUAGUAAAGUGGAAGGGCCAGUCUCAUAUUGGGGCAUUGCCGCCCCUUUGGCUGAACGAUGAUAUUGAGCUGGUCAGCUGCAAGUGCAAGGGUUCGCAGGCUUUCCUUGUCGCUGCUGAGUCUCAGUCGUCUCCCUCCGUCCGGCGGCGGCGAUGCCGGCUGUUGCAGGAGGUUCUUAUCUUCUUCUUGUUCCAGGCCCGACCCUUGUAAUUAUGGCCUUCGUCGCGUCGCCGACGCUGCCAAUACCACCUUGGGUCGGUUUUCCACCUCGCGAUCCCUCUCGAGCAUCGCAAGCGAAGGCGAGAGCGCCGCGUGUGCGGGGAUAGAAACGGCAUUGGACUCGGUGGUCAAGAUUUUCACCGUCUCCAGCAGCCCCAACUACUUGCUUCCCUGGCAGAACAAGCCCCCUCGCGAGACGUGGGGUUCUGGAUUUGUCAUCCAUGGGAAAAGAAUUAUUACCAACGCUCAUGUAGUUGCAGACCAUACAUUCGUUCUCGUGAGAAAGCACGGUUCGCCUACCAAGUAUCGGGCACAUGUCCUGUCUGUUGGUCAUGAAUGUGACUUGGCCAUUCUGAUGGUGGACAGUCAAGAAUUCUGGGCGGGCAUGAGUUUCUUGGAGCUUGGAGACAUUCCGUUCCUACAAGAAGCUAUAGCUGUUGUUGGGUAUCCUCAAGGUGGGGACAAUAUUUCCAUAACCAAAGGUGUUGUCUCCAGAGUUGAGCCUACUCAAUAUGCGCAUGGUGCGACUCAACUUAUGGCAAUCCAAAUUGAUGCAGCUAUAAACCCGGGAAAUAGUGGGGGCCCUGCUCUCAUGGGUGAUAAAGUUGUCGGUGUAGCUUUCCAGAACCUAACUGGUUCUGAGAAUAUUGGAUACAUAAUUCCGGUUCCAGUAAUCAAACACUACAUUUUUGGUGUUGAAGAAAGAGGAGAAUACACAGGAUUUUGCUCCCUUGGCUUGUCAUGCCAGCCAACUGAAAAUUCUCAACUGAGAAACCACUUCGGGAUGCUGCCAGAAAUGACUGGAGUUCUUGUAAACAAAAUCAACCCUCUUUCAGAUGCUCAUAAGAUCCUCAAGAAGGAUGAUGUCAUCCUUGCAUUUGAUGGUGUGCCUGUGGCAAAUGAUGGAACAAUUCCUUUCCGGAACAGAGAGCGCAUUACAUUUGAUCAUUUGGCAUCCAUGAAGACGCCCAAUGAAACGGCCUUAAUCAGAGUUCUUCGGGAUGGAAAAGAGAAUGAAUUCAGCAUAACCCUCCGACCAUUGCAACAGUUAGUUCCAGUACAUCAGUUUGACAAGCUUCCAAGUUAUUACAUAUUUGCGGGUCUGAUUUUUGUUCCACUCACCCAACCCUACCUUCACGAAUAUGGUGAAGACUGGUAUAACUCAUCGCCUCGGCGGUUGUGUGAACGUGCACUAAGAGAACUUCCCAAAAAUGCUGGCGAACAACUCGUUAUUCUUUCACAGGUCCUGAUGGAUGACAUCAAUGCGGGGUAUGAACGUCUUGCAGAAUUACAGGUGAGGAAGGUGAAUGGCAUUGAAAUUGAAAAUUUGAGGCAUUUGUACCGGCUUGUGGAGGACUACAGUGGUGAAAGCAUACGAUUUGAUUUGGACGAUGAAAGGGUAAUUGUAUUCAACUAUCGUAUGGCUAAAAUUGCCACCUCUACAAUUUUGAAGCGCCAUAGGAUACCCUCUGUCGCGUCGACUGAUCUCAUUGAUGAACAAAACAGCCAGGAAGACUUGGCUUGCCCCGUUUAAGCAUUCUCUUGAGUUUCAUACAACGCAGUAAAAGGCCUUCCGAGUUUUUUUUUUAUCCGGAAGCAUUCACUUAUUGUCUGCUUGAUAUGUGAUGAGCUGGUCAAUGAUUGAGUAAGCUGGAACUUUACGAUGCUUUCUUUUUCUUUUUCUUUUUCGUUUUUUUUACGGCAUGGACCUUUGGUAAAGGUAUAAGAUUUUGAUGGAACCGAUUGAAAAGUUUAGGACUCAUUUAUAUUA